AGCCGUUUCGGGGGGCAGGACUUCCGCCGGAAAAGCGGGCGGCCUCGGACUUCUCAGAUCCGUACUCCGGCUGAUUUUCUCCCUGAGAGUCCUGGGCUGGCGCUGUGUGGACCUUCGGCAAGAUGGCUUGUGCUGCCGCGCGGUCCCCUGCUGACCAGGACAGGUUUAUUUGUAUCUAUCCUGCUUAUUUAAAUAAUAAGAAGACCAUCGCGGAGGGGAGGCGGAUCCCCAUAAGUAAGGCUGUUGAAAAUCCUACAGCUACAGAGAUUCAAGAUGUAUGUGCAGCAGUUGGACUUAAUGUAUUUCUGGAGAAAAAUAAAAUGUACUCUAGAGAAUGGAAUCGUGAUGUUCAAUACAGAGGCAGAGUCCGGGUCCAGCUCAAACAGGAAGAUGGCAGCCUUUGUCUUGUGCAAUUCCCAUCACGUAAGUCAGUCAUGUUGUAUGCAGCAGAAAUGAUACCUAAACUAAAAACAAGGACACAAAAACCUGGAGUUGGUGACCCAAGUCUUCAGCAAGGAGAGGGAAGUAAAAAAGGGAAAGGAAAGAAGAAGAAGUGACCUGGUCCUUCACCACACUGUCUACCUGGGACUCAUGCUUCAGGAAGAAAGGACGGAUGAUGCGCUUAUAGAGCAGUUCAGCCCCAUUAGAAGGGCUUGGGGCCAUGCACCACAACAGGAAGCCACACUGCACAGAAUAAAAGCCAGCAUUGGUAACAGGGUAGUGGGGGGCAUCCUGAGAAUACAUACUGCCCAGCUCUACUCUGGGGAUGCGUACUAUCUCUGAAAUCUCCAGUGGUAUUUCUAGUGUUAUCUACAGGCAAAAGGUGGGCUUUUCUUAGAUGGAAAAAACAUAGCAAAUAAUGAGCUGAUAAGGAAAGCUUAGACUGAAAAAGAAGGUUAAAACAUACCAGGUCCAGCAGCUUAACUACCUUCCUACUUGAACUAUUUUUUAGUUUAUAGCUGUAAGAGGCUUUUAUUAAUUAUAACUCUUAAAAAUCAAUUUAAGAAAAUAUAGAACUUAUUGCAUGUGUAAAGCCCUAUACAGAUAAGCUUGUUCUCAGUAGGCUUGCCUGGUAAGUUUGUCACAUUUAUUCAUCCUAUUAUAGAAAAAUUCCCUGCACAUUCUUGAAUUCUUCCCUUUGUGGUACCUCAAUUUUUGGUAGAUCUUUAGCCUUCAAUGAAUCUUUAUAGUCAGCUGCUCAUCAUCUUUUAUCUUGCAUGUAGAUAUUAU